AUGUCCGGCAUUUUACAUAGAGAAGUGCCCAUGUCCCAAGAUGACGAGUCUCUUUAUGUCCGCACGCAAGAAUACACAGCCAUGCCACGGAAUCCGAUGUUCAUUAGCGCGUCGACUGGGACCUACUACGGAUUGGGCGCAGACGAUGAGAACACUGUAAUCGUCGACACGAAAAGGUUCGAUCGCGAAUCGCACGAAUUCGCAGAAGGAGACUUUGUUUGUCCUGGAUUUUUCAACCUGGUUAAUCUCGGCGGGUUUACCCGCCGCUUCAACCCUUCCCAAUGGAAUUACGAUAUGCGCCGCCAGGCCCAGUCCAUCUUUCCAUUCUUAUCUCUUGGCCCUUCGGCAUGUCUACGUGAUUUCGAUUACCUCCGCAGCCAAGGGUUCACACUUCUCCUUGCUAUUCGAAGUCGGCACUCGGCACUGGCACGUCUCGUCUCGGGCGAUAAGGCUGCAGCCGAGGUCGGUAUUAUCGCGGAUGCGAUUGAUGUCCUUGAUAACCAAGAGCUCAUUUCUGCAUUUCCACGCGCUAUCCGCCGCAUCAAUGAUCACCUCGCCGGUGUCGAUAUGGGUUCUGAUGGAGUGCUGUCGCAAAGUGAACAGCAGAAGAAGAAGGUUCUCGUUUUCUGUGAAUCUGGGAAUGAACGCUCUGCCGGUGUUGUCAUCGCCUACAUCAUGGUCAUGCUUAAUAUUGAGACUUUUGAAGCUACGCACAUGAUCCAGCAACGUCGCUUCUGUGUCUCGAUCGAGGACAAUAUGAAGCUAACUCUUGCGGCUUUCGAGUCCAUUCUUUCUGCUAAGUGUGAUGUUGAACGUGCUAAGAAAUACAUGGUUCGUGGAGGUGCGACUCUUGCGCCACCAUCGGCACCACCGAUGCUGACGAAGAAGCGAAGUUUCCAAGAUCAUAAAUACGAUGAUCUUGCUGUGGAUGAGGAUGAAAUGGAUAUGGAUAUGGACGAGGACCCUUUCUUUGAGCGAAAGCCGCAAGCACCCUUCCAAGACCGCGUGGUCUAG